AAUCAAAGUAACCCCACGACAAAAAGUACAAAAGAAAUUCGAAUAAUUCCGCCAACAUGCGUCUCGAUACCAAGGCGAUGCGAUAUCUGACCGUAGAGGACUGGAAAACUCUCACGGCGGUCGAAACGGGUUCCAGAAAUCAUGAAGUGGUCCCAACACCAUUAAUCGGACAAAUUUCUGGUCUGCGAGGAGGGGUACACAGAAGUAUAUCUGCGCUGGCAAAAGUUGGGCUCAUUGCACGUCUGAAGAAUGCAAAGUACGAUGGCUACCGACUUACGUACGGAGGACUCGAUUAUCUUGCGCUUAACACAUACCGGAAAAGAAAAGAUGUCUAUAGUGUCGGGAACCAGAUUGGAGUUGGUAAAGAGAGUGAUAUCUUCGUGGUCGCAGAUGAGAAGGGAGUACAGAGAGUAUUGAAGAUCCACAGACUUGGACGAAUAUCCUUCCGAACAGUCAAAGCAAACCGAGACUAUCUCCGAAAUCGAUCCUCGGGUUCCUGGAUGUACAUGUCUCGUUUGGCAGCGUUGAAGGAGUUUACAUUCAUGACAGCUCUGCGAGAGAAUGGAUUCCCGGUCCCCGAACCGCUUGCACAAUCAAGACAUACCAUCGUCAUGUCUUUAAUAGACGCUUUUCCCAUGCGCCAGAUAUCAUCCGUACCAGACCCUGCCUCCCUCUACGCCGAAAUCAUAGCCAUGAUUCUCCGUCUCACUCAAUAUGGUCUCAUCCACGGAGACUUCAACGAAUUCAACAUCCUCAUCAAAGAAGAAACCAAGACCGAGACCGUGGACGGCAAAGAGUCCGAAAUCCUUACACUAACUCCCAUUCUCAUCGAUUUCCCCCAAAUGGUCUCUGUCGAUCAUGCCAACGCUGAAUUCUACUUCGAUAGAGAUGUCAACUGUAUCAAACGAUUUUUCGAGCGUCGAUUUCAUUUCACAAGCAACCAGAAAGGACCUCACUUUGCAAACGCUCGGAAGCUGAUUGGCAAAGAUGGCGUUCCUAGACUUGAUGUUUCUGUCGAGGCAUCAGGCUUCUCGAAGAAGAUGGCAAAGGAACUAGAGGCAUACAUGAAGAAGGUGGGUGUGGAUGGUGAUGGUGAUCCCAAUGCUGCUCGAGGAGACGAAACUUCUGACGAGGAGGAAGAUGAAGAAAAUAGCGAGGAGGGAGAUAUGGAAGAGGAAGCACUAGAUGGGGCGGAGGACACGAUCAAAGUACCGGCACCUCAUGUCGGAGAUAGUGUUAUCCAUUCAUCAUCUGCUGCUGUAGAUGAUGUUCCCAUAUCCUCUCUUCAUAUUGCUGAGAAGACAUGAUACUCUACACUGUGGGCAGCGUUAAAUAAAGUGACCAAGGUAGGAUUCAAAAGUCUUUAGAGUCAAUCACAGUGCAGAGAUUUUCGAGCGAGUGAAGGUUGUCAGAUACCCACUGAUCUCUAGCAUCAGCUCUAUGGAACUAGUUUAAUCGGCCUCAUCACACAAGUACAGGCACAGUCAAAUCAGAUGCAAAGUAUUGAGGUAUGCGUUCAAUUAUGCUACAAGAAGCCACCCCGUAGGUAGAAUACUAGCCACCCGUGCCAAGCAAAGAGAUGUGUACAAUGAAAAGUGCU